GUAUAGGCAGAUAUUGGCUAUAAAAGUAAAUCAUCCAUAUCAGUAGAUGUGAUCAGUCCUGCUGAUAUAGUAAGCUGUGAAUAUUGGCCUUACAAACGAAUAGGCCUGUGACUGACUGUUGCUAUGAGGUGGAUGGUGUGGAGUCAUUCAUUCGUAAAAGGUUAAUACGAAUAGAAUAUUAUAGGUCGUUCCAGUUUUGUUUUCAGUGGAAGAGACCCAUGUUUCCCCGACGUUCCUCCAGACCACCAAAGCCCUCCCAGAGGUUCCAGAGGAGCACGAGUCCAAAUGAGGAGGUGAUCAAGCGCAAGUCAGCGAGUAAGAGACAGAGGAAGAUGGGGCUAAAGAAUAGCAAAGCUGACAACAUUGCAGUGAAAACAGACGACAGGAGAGAUCGUGACAUUCUGGACGUCAUUGACAGAACUCACAAAACUAAAGACGUUAAAGAGGACGAUGAAGAAAAGAUUGUCGAGGUCCCUGAUGCAGGAGUGGACGAGUCGGAUGAGGACUACUCUGACAACUGCAGCGUUGUUUCUGGUCCGUCCGUCUUCUUUGAGGUCGGCCCAGAGAAAGAGAAGCCAUCACAGAGCUUGUGUUCAGCCUGUCAGAAACUCUACCAGAAAGCAAAGAAGAUGAAAGCUCCGCUCAAAAACAAACUCUUAGACAAUGAUCCAAAGUCUCUGACGUGUGACCAGUGGGUCCUGCUCAAGAGCUGGAGACCAAAGAGGCUACCUUGUGCAAAAGGGAAGCUUUUGACAUACGUGACGCUGGUUAAAAGAAAACUGAGGUUUAAGACUAGUGCAAAUCCGACUGAGCAGUGUGUAGGAGAAUCAGCCUGCUUGAGGCCACACACUUUCCUGCAGAGGAACCUCAGACAAUGCGUCAGAGCUCCACUGAAAAAAGUGACAAAGAAGACCAGGAGGAAGAGGAAAACAGCUGAUCCUUGGGGCUCUCGUGUCACAAAGCAGCGGCGUCUCCAUAACAACAGUCACCAUCAGCGCGUGGACUCAGACCGUGCCGAUAAAAACGGCCAACAUGCAGCCAGGAAAGUUGUCGACUCUCCUGCUCCAGAGAGUGGCAACGAUCAAGAAAUGGACACGGUGACGGUCGAGCUGAUCCCCUGCUCUGUCACUCUGGAACCAGCAAUAGAAGCCCCAGCCAAUCAGAACACAGCAAAGAAGAGGGGCGGGUUCAGAGACUUGCUGGCACAGCUGAGAGGCAACAGCAGUAUGAUUGUGAGAGAAACGCAUUGAAUUUGCAUUUAUUUGUCUUGAUAUAGUCAGACUGCUGUGUAUUGUCACAAAAGGCUGAUGCUUUUACUAUGAAGGGUUUUUUUUGAUAUUCAGUUUCUAGAAAGUUCCUGCUGCAGUUCCACUUAAGUUUUUUUUUUAAUUUAUUGAUUUUUAGAGUUCAAAUUGCCUUAAAGUCUGAAACACGAAGAGAACUAAGCACAUAUCUUCUGUGGUUUUUGUCACCAGGGUAUUCGCCUCCCUAUUUUUACCUUUCCCUUUAUAGAGAUCCAUCCCUAGUAGUCCUUGGUAACAUUAUACAGAUCACUUAAUGUAAGUCUCAAGUCAUUUGAAUUUACUAAACCCAACAAAAUGUAGAUUUUGUAGUGUCUCCAAACUGGAAUGGGAAGGAUUUACUUGUACUUUUUUUUAAUUGGCUGUUGUCCAUUUUUGCAGUGCUCUAACUGAGCACGCUCACAAAUGUGAAGACUUGAAGGGGCGUUAGUAGUACCUGUAAAAUGAAGAAUAAACAACCCAGUCAUUUUUCAUGGCCAAACUCGUAAUUGUCCAUUCAUAAUCUGCAUGUCAUAAUGGAAGUCAGUAUUAUAUACCUUUUCCUCACCCAGUGUCUCUACCCAAGGCCAUUAAGCACCAUCUCUAUUUAUCAAUUCUACAUGAAGAUGUGGAAUUUGUGCGGAGGGGUUGUGAUUUUCAUAUGCUUAGGCUUUGUCCAAGCUGUGCUCAAGCAUGGUUUAGCAGGUUUUGGUGCAUACAGUCAGUGUUGACAACAAACAGGCAGAACUUGGUCCAUGCUUAUGACAAAGCAGUUCAUAACAUCAGUAUUUCUGUGAUUUAUUCUGUAAACAAGCUUGAAAGUGCAGUUAAUAAUUCAUAAUCAAACAUUUAAACAAAUAUCCUUGAUGCUGUGUAUAAAGACGAUCAGUUUUUAGGUUCUCUCACUACCUGAAAAAUAUCAGAAAAGGUUAAACCAAAUUGUAUUUGAAAAAGUUUUCUUCUUCUCUUGAAAAGACACAACAUAUAGGGCUGCAACAAUGCAUAGGUUUAACAUUGGUAUUGGUUGAUAUCAGCCCUGUUUGCAAACAUCUGCCACUGGCCAAACCAUUCGGUAUGAACAAAUAUCAGUUUUUAUCUGUUUUGUCAGUGUUGUGUGGCGUCUGGUUAAUCUAACUGCUGGGAUUUUUACAGGGCAAGAAAAUGAACUGUUGAGAAAAGUCUGAUCUGUGUUCACAGUCAAAUGUGAGAGAAAAUGGGGACAUUUUAGCAAUGCUACCGCAAAAAAAGGAUUUAAAUGAAAACAUCAGCUUCAGCAUUGGUAAAUGGUCAUUUUGAACAUCAUUAUCAGCCCCGAUUUUCACACUUUGUUCAUCUCUGAAGCUUGACUUUUCACUUUAAAUCAAUCAGUCAUAAUGUUUUUAUUUCGGCCAACUUUAUUUCCCUUAAUUUUGAGAAAAGCACAUCAAAAUGUGUUUCUGUUUCAGGCUUAUACCACUAAAGGGAGCUUGAGUAAAGCUGUGGUAUCUUACCAUUUUGUGGAACUGAUACUCAUUAGAUAAAGGACGUUUCUCUAGGAAAAAUGAAAUGACAGCAAAUUUUGCCUGCAAGUUGUUUAAACCAGUGGUUCUCAAAUGGUGGGUUGGGAUCCUAAAGUGGGUUGACAUAUUCUCAUUUUAUUUUACCAAGUUUUUCCCUGAUGCUGAGUAAAUUUUGGUGGUUUCAUGAAAUGUGGACAUUGUUAUCUUGCACAAUAUUACUAAGUUAACACAUAAUCAGUCAAAAAAAUAUAUGUAUAAUAAUUUAUUUGGAAUUAUCUCAUUUUCAUGGGGAAAAAGCUGGAUUUCCCUAUAUAGCAUCUUUGUUUCUUAACAUCUAAAAAAUAACCAACAUUUCCACAUUAUCGCUGGAAAAUUGAGUGAACUAGACGCCUAUGCUUUUGUAACGAAGCACUUUUUCAACAUGAAAAACUUGUCAUUUGACUUUGUUCAAUCACAUUUUGUCCUAAGGUCAGAGUUAACAUUUUUCAUUGCAAAAGCUUGAGUGGUUGAUCAUUUUCAACAGUUUGAAUCUUGAUAUCUCAUUACAGAGGUGAAGGGGGAUCCUGAGGCUAGGCCAGUUGAGAACCACUGCAGGAACACUGACAUCAUUCACAAACCAAAGAAAAAUUCCCCUUCAUUUCAGAGGUAUCAAGUAGAGAUGCACGAUACUGGAUUCAUGCUGAUAUUUAGACAUUAAUUUUAGCCAAUACCGAUAUCGAUAUUUAACCCUCUGAGACAAGCAUGGUUAUAUACAACAAGAAAGGGCAAUUGCUAUUCAAAGUUGAAUAACUUUUGAACCGUAAAUCACAAUCUCUUGUUUUUUUUCUUCUGAAAGCUCUCCAUUGUGCCAUUCUAAUGACGCUUUCUUCACCUUUGUAGCUCUAACAGAACAUUUUCUGGCAAGCCCUAGUACUGAUAUCAGGCUGGAAAUAUUGUGCAUCCCUAGUAUCAGAUGUCUACAAGACAAUGACAGUGUGUCGUUGCUGAUGGGUUGUGGAGACACAAAGCUGUCCUCAUGUCACAGCCUUAUAAAAUAAAGGUCCAGGUAGGAAGUAGAUUAUUGGCAUUUCAAAAGACACACACAAAAACCAGAGGUUCUGAGAAAGGCUUUUAGAGCUGGUUUCUCCUGUUGCUUGAUCCAUAUUGUAUUUUGUCCAACAACAGUACAGACGAUUAUUCAAGACCACGUGGCUGUGUUAAAAGGUGGAAAAAGGGUAUGAUAUGUCAGCUUUAAGAGUCUGUGAAUUGGCCUUGACUUUCUGAAGUAGCAGUAUUAGAAAUGUCAGUGUUCGAUGUUGUUUGUAUUUGUAUUAACAGUAAGGUUUGCUAUUUAUUUUAAACAACAAAGUUAGCUAUACACUGCUUGUAUUUAGUUGAUAGUGUGGAUUUCAGACAAAAUGCACCUUUGCA